GCUGGGGCAAGCUGGGGCAAGCUGGGGCAGGGCUGCGGGCUGCGCAGACGACCUGGGGGGCGCGCCUGGGGGCACAGGCGCUGCGAGACGCCCGACUCGGCCUCGGAGGCCGGGUGCGCUUGGCCCCUGCCGCUGGCGCGGGCAUCAAGCAACAGCCAGCGUGGUGCCCUGCGAGGAGCCCUGCGAAGAGCCCUGCGAGGAGCCGGUUCAGCGCGCCCUCCCAUUCCGGCCUCUAAGCUCCGCUCCGGGAGCGCGGCUGGCAAAGCCACCGCCCUAGCGGGCCCUGGAUGGGAAUUUGGAAGAGACCCUGGUCCAGUCCGGAGGGCCCUCCGGGCUUCGGAAGGAAGUCCAGGCGAACGCUGGACGUUGCGGACUGUCCAUAAAAGGCUGGGAAAGUACAGUCUGUACCACCCAGUCCUUCUCUAAAGAGACCUCUCUGCAGCAGAAAGGCUCGGGAGCGAGCUCCCACGCCCAGCUCUGGCCCUCCCCGGGUCCGAGGCCCACCCGGUUCUGGAGUUCUGGCCAUAUGACAUGUGCUUCUGGAUCCCUUCUUUCUUGCCUAUUCCUCUAGAAUGAGUACAAAGGCAUGUAUUCAAACCAACUCACCUGACUGCCUCCCAAAAAAUGGUGUCCAGUUUUCAGAGUUGUUAAAGUCACACUGACCUCUAGGAUCCUCCAGGUCCUAGUGCUACAGGGACAUGCCAAAGCUCCAAGGGCAGAAGAUUGCAAUCUGAGAAGGACCACACAAUUGCCAAACCUCUCAUAGGAGGUUUUGGCAAUUUCCUCACCAGAAGUGGACAAGGCCAAUCAGUUGUGUAUCAUCAUGCCACAGCAGCUCCUGAUCACCCUGCCCAAGACAAGCUCCUGGGUGAAGUUAAACCAUCCAAGAAAGUCAAAGGGGGAGGUGCCCCUAUGGGAGGAUGUGACUAAAAUGUUUGAAGAGGAAGCUCUGCUGCCUCCGGAUGCUGCUGAGACCCAGGAAGAAUGUUUAGAGGAUGAAUUGACGCCUGGCCUCCUGAUAGCAGAACCCCAGGAACUGUUGACCUUCAAGGACAUAUUUGUGGACUUUACCCAGGAAGAGUGGAGGCAGUUGGCCCCUACUCACCGGAAUUUGUACCGUGAUGUGAUGCUGGAGAACUACAGGAACCUGGUGUCAGUGGCAGGAUAUCAGUUUUCUAAGCCUAGUGUGAUUUCCCAGUUGGAGAAAGGAGAAGAGCCAUGGAUGAUACAGAAAGGAGACCCAGAAAAUACCAUUUCAGACUUGAAGAGUAAAAUAGAAGCCAGUGAGUCAACUGCAAACAAUGACAUAUCCCAGGAACAUUUAUAUCAUGACAUUAUGAUGGAAAGGUUCAUAAGGGAGGAUAUCAUUUAUUCCACAUUGAGUAAAGUUUCCAGAUACGAUGAUGUGUUAGAAAGGCACCAGGAAACCUGUGGAAGAAAUGUAAGACAAGCCAUUUUGACCCACAAGAAGAGAGUCCAAGAUGUUAACAAACAUGGGGAAACUGUUGUGAGUUCAAAUAUUUUAGAACAGAAGCAUCACAAGUGUGACACACCUAGAAAGAGGAACAAAUACAAAUUAGAUUUGAUUAAUCAUCCAAUAAGUUGCAUAAGAGCAAAAAUCUAUGAAUGUAAUAUAUGUGAAAAAAUGUUCAAACAACCCAAUCACCUUACUGAACACAUGAGAAUUCAUACUGGUGAGAAGCCUUUCAGAUGUAAGGAGUGUGGAAGGGCCUUUAGUCAAAGCGCAUCUCUUAAUACACACCAGAGGAUCCAUACUGGUGAGAAACCCUUUGAAUGUGAGGAGUGUGGCAAAGCCUUCAGACAUCGCUCAUCGCUUAAUCAGCAUCAUAGAACUCACACUGGAGAGAAGCCUUAUGUAUGUGACAAAUGUCAGAAAGCUUUUAGCCAGAACAUUAGCUUGACCCAACAUCUGAAGACUCAUUCUGGAGAGAAACCUUUUAUUUGCAAUGAAUGUGGGAAAACCUUUAGACAGAUUAGACACCUUAGUGAACAUGUAAGAAUUCAUACUGGGGAGAAGCCCUAUGCAUGUACUGCAUGUUGUAAAACCUUUAGUCACAGAGCAUAUCUAACACAUCACCAGAGGAUCCAUACUGGUGAGAGACCCUACAAAUGUAAGGAAUGUGGAAAAGCGUUUAGACAGAGGAUACACCUUAACAACCAUAAGACUGUCCAUACAGGAGUGAAAGCAUAUGAAUGCAAACGUUGUGGGAAAGCCUACAGGCAUGAUUCAUCCUUUAAGAAACAUCAGAGGCAUCAUACUGGAGAAAAACCUUACGAAUGUAAUGAAUGUGGAAAAUCCUUCAGCUAUAAUUCAUCACUUAGUCGACACCAUGAAAUACACAAGCGGAAUGCCUUCCGAAAUAAUGUGUAAAAAAAUAUUUAUUUGGUGAGAACAGAAGCCACAUCUGAAUCAGUGAUUCUAAGCUUUAAAAUUUCAGGACUCAAAUAAAUUUGAGAAAUUGAUUUAAUGAUGGCAACAUUAAAUUUUACCUGUUGUGUAAUAACA